AUGGCUCUUUUUCAAUGUCAAAUAAAAUACAGUUUAGAUCAAGUUCAAAAAGCUAUUUCUGAAUUACCUGAUGGGCCUGAAAAGCAAAGUCUUUUAACUUUAGAGUCAGAUUUAAAAGAGCUUAUAGCUUUAUCUAAUAAUUAUUUUAGUGAAAAUUCCAAUCUAAACACUGAAUCUCAAAAUGAUUUAUUAUCGGAAGAAUAUAAAAUUUUUAAGGCUGAGUUAGCAGAAUUAGAUUCUGAGACUACAGAAAACGAUGAAAAAUGUUCAAAACAAGAAACGACUAGUAAUAUUUUAAAUUUAUUACCUAAGGAACUUGAAAUUACUGAUCAAAAAGAUUUACUCGGAAUGAAAUGUCAAGCUCCUUACAUUUACAAAUGGACAAAUAAUGUUACAUACCAUAAUGCAGUUGUGUCUCACAUCCCUGAAAGCAUUUACCCAUUAAAUUCAAAUGAAACCAAAGUUAAAGUAAUGUUUACAAAUCCAACUCAUAAAGAGAUGCUACCAUGUCCUUAUUACCUCAAGGGAGAUUGCAAAUUUGAUGAUGAAAAAUGCAAAUACUCGCAUGGCGAACUAGUUUUAAUAAGUAGUUUAAAAAAAUAUAGGGAACCAAUAUUUUCUAGAAUUUCCAAGGGAUGUCAAGUAUUGGCAAAACAAAGUGAUGAACUAUGGCACAGAGCUGUUGUUAUAAAUGUAAAAGAGGACUUGUGCCAAGUUAAAUUUGAAUUCAAUAGUACAGAAAGUGAAAUACCUUUACAUAAUAUUUUACUACUCGAUUCAAAUUAUAAUAGUGGAGAACUUUCUAUGAGUGAUUCUGAGAGUAGUGAUGACUUAGAAUAUGAUACAGACGAUGAGAAAAAAAUCACAAUUCAAAGAAUUUUAAAUAGUCCUUCAGUAUCUGCUUUAGGAAGUUGGGAAAAGUAUACUAAAGGUUUUGGAUCAAAAAUAAUGGCGAAAAUGGGCUACAUUCAUGGUUCAGGACUUGGAAAAAAUGGUUUAGGUAGAGUUGAUCCAGUUCCUGCUACAGUUUUUCCUCCUGGAAAAUCACUAGAUCAUUGUAUGAUUUUAAGGCAGAAGGCAGGAAAUGAUGUUGAUUUGUUUAGGGUUGAAAGAAAAAUGAAAAAUUUACAGAAGAAACACAAAGCAAAAUUGAAAAAAGCUUAUGAAAAUGAGAAAAAAAAGAGGAAACUGAUAUUUUUGCUUUCCUCAACAGAAGACUACAUCCUGUGA